AUGGAUCGAUGUUGGGGCAUUUCUGCCACGGCAGACGAGGGCUCAAGCACGGCUAGAAAGACAAUGGAAUAUUCAACAGUUCCACGAGCUCUGGGGAAGAGACACGCGUCGAUUAUCCCCGUGGGGCUUGAUGAAGUGCUGGAGAGCGAAAAUGCUGCUGCUAAUAUAACCAGAUUGGGCUCGUCGGAGGAGGCUACAGCUAAACCCAGGCGUACGAGGAAACACCGGAAGUCUACGCAUGUAGCUCGGAAGGAGGAGAAGGAGCGACUUCUGAACGAGAUGGCCAUACUGAACGCCCAGUUAGAGAGCUUGAAGCAACAAGCCAUGGCGUCGAUGGACCACGUGGACCAAGAGACGACCAGGAGUAUCCAGGUCGGACGUAAAUUGCGCUACACUGUUCACAGAAAUCAGCAGAAGUUUGGUGAAGUUGCGUCUAUUAUGUCCGAGAUUUCACUAUGUAACGCACAAGCUGGUUCACCUUUGCAUGACAAAAUCACGUUAAAACGAGACCAAGAGUCCCGACGAAAGCUAUUGAGAGAGUUGAAAGCGAGCAAAAUAUCCAAGGGUGAGCACUUCUUGCGCCUGCGUCGACCCAACACCAACCUGCGAAACAUCUGCGACGAAGGCCGCCGCUUUGAAAUGGGCAAUGGGGAUUUUUUCUCCGAGCGCUUGUCAAUAACUCAGCUUAAAGAUGCUCGCAGCGUCAAGCAGAUCUACGACUUACUGGUCUUCUACUACAGCAACAUCGAGAUCAGUAUCUCGGAGAAAAUUGGCCACAUCACCGUCCGCUUGGACGACGACGCCGGCAGCAAAAGUAUCAUCCAGAAUCGACUCAGAUCCACGACCAUCGACGACCUAAAAGUGGAGUCAAACACGAUCAUUUUUGCCCAAUUCUACGAGCAACGAGAGGGAGAUUAUGGGGUCAUCGUGCUGGACUACGUUGAGGAUGACGAGAAGUAUCCGUACCAACGGAGCGAGUGCCUUCGAAAGGAUGUGGUCGCUGUGAUGGAAGUCCGCGAGUGUCCGCAGUCCACUAAGGACGAUGGAAAAACCACGGUGGUGCUCACGAGGUGGGUGCAGAACAAAUUGCGUCGUCCGGAAUUCUCCGUUUCGAUUAAGCACUGGAAUGGAUUGUGCGAAAAGAUGGAUAUGUUCGGCAAGACUGUGCAACUGAGCUUAGCGGAAGACCUGCACAUUGAAGCGCUCGGUCUAGGAAUGCCAGGCAACUGA